ACUAAAAAAUUUCAGAUGUCAAUGUACGUCAACACAGAAAUUUCUUUUAAAAUGUGAUAUUUACCUUUACAAUUAAUUCUAUUUGUUUACGAUGCUUCUUAAAAACACGAGCAAUAAAUCUAAGUGCAAACCUUUGAUGUUAUGGUUUUAAUUUAGUUAAAAUGUUUAGUAAAAGAAAUCUUGUCGACGUUAAAAAAUCCACUUCGAAAAUACAAGAUCCGAAAAAAGAUUUGGCGACAAGAAUCAAACACUUGAAGAUCAUUUUAGAUAAUGUGGAUAUUGCUGAAGCUAAAGGGUUGUUUGAAGCCAAUUUUAGUCACGUUUAUAACAUACUAUACGACAGUUUUAUCCAAGCUGAAGGGAAUCUAAGACAACGAGAGCUCUCUUUUCAUUUGGUUCACAAAGCACACAAAGAAGAACUAGAAUGUACUCUCUGGAUUCUGGAACAAGUGUUGUGUCUGCUCCCAGAGCUAAUCUACAAAAGAUGGCAACUCCACUCCCUUGGCCGCAUUUUAUCCAAACUUUUACACCCCGGAAACUCCGUAAAACUGCGACGGCAAGCCAUACGUUAUUUCCUCAUGUGGUACCAAGCAUUAAACGACAAUGCCCCUGAUUACGUCCAUAACAUGUUCCAAACUUUGGUACCAGGUUUCAACAGUUCCUCAUCAGCUCUGAUGCAAAUCAGCGGCAGCGUUUUUCACGACACCAGCGCCCAAAAUCCCGUCACGCCGGCAGAGUUGCUCCCAGUGCUGCCCCCUUCGGGGGGCGAAAAAGCUCCAGAACACCAAAGCAAGUUUUUCUUGGAGGCUCUUUUAGAGCAUAUGGUGCACACCGUUAUUAAAUUAGAGUGGCACGAUAAAGCCGCUCACCAUCACCGGUGUUUCAAUUUUUUAUUGGAAAAAUUCAAGUCGUAUUAUUUGAUAAAGAUCUGUCCAAGUUUUAGUUCUGACACGUCUUUGUAUACUCCAAAUUUAGAGUUGCCGGUUUUGAGAAAACCUGAAGCCGAGAGUGAGUUUAUAUUGUGUCGUGUUGCUUUGAUAAUGUGGGUGGCCAAUCAUUUGCACCAUCCUAAGAAGAAUGCGGAUGGGGGACCUAGUUCAAUUACACAUUCCACUAGUGCGGGUGCCGCCCCACAUGACGAGGAGGGACACGAGUCGGCACAUGCAAGCCUCGAAUCGACGAUAUCGAUUCAGACGAACAAAACUGCAAGCGAUGAGGAACUAGCAAAUCAAAUCGUACGAGAGGUUCUUUGUAGUUCCCGAGACAAUGUUAAUUUCAUCCACGAGAUAUAUCGCCAAGCAUUCCUAAUUAAUUUUAGUCAUGUAGUUGCAAUUAGAAAAAUUAUAGCAGUCUACAAGGACCUAAUUCAGCUCAACGUACCUGAGAUGCCCUCAUACAUGCUAGAACCUCCCGAAGAUGCUCCUAGAUUUGUGGAUGAGGGCAUAUUCGAAGGUAUGAGACCUCCACGAUUACGAAAUGACUCGUAUUUGGGGGCUAUACAUAGGGAAAAUCUGUUAGUGAGAGCGGGAAUGCAGAACAUAUUGCAACUAUUUAUGACACAUGCUGCCAACGUGUUUUUAUUAGAAGUAAAUCCACACAUUCCUAAAAUGUUGGAAGAACAGACUGAUGCUUGUAAAAGAGUACUUAAUAUUUACAGAUAUAUGGUUAUGAAUACGCGGAUGGAUAGUAGCACUUGGGAACAAUUGUUGUUGGUACUUCUACAGAUUACUUCACUUGUUUUGGGGGAAAAUCCUCCAAAGAAAAAAAUUAACACCCUUGGGGGAAAAUUAGCACCAGCGAUUUUUCAAACAUUGAUCGUUACAUGGAUCAAAGCUAAUUUGAAUGUUAUGAUUUCGAGGGAAUUGUGGGACCGGUUUUUACUAGUUUUGACUUCUUUGACCAACUGGGAAGAGCUUAUAAAAGAAUGGGCGAAAACAAUGGAAACUUUAACACGAGUCUUAGCACGACAUGUGUAUAAUUUAGACUUAACCGACCUGCCUUUGGACCGUCUUAUGGAGCAAAAAUCAAAACGCGGUCGCCGAUCAGCAAACCGACCCGAAAGUACGACUCAGUGCAAUAUAAACGACCAUAGCCACAUCUCAGUGUGUCGUCAAGACUCUUCCCUACCCGACGGCAACGUUUUGCGAAAAAAAGCCAAACAUGGCUUAACCAGAAGUCACAGUGAGACGAGUUUGAACGUAAAACGGCGCUCCUCGCAACGACAAAGACAUACAAAACACCGUCGGUCUUUAUCACUGGACAAUAUUCCUCAACCCGACACCGAAUCGACAGACCGAACUCGCUCUCCAAGUCCGGCGCCUUCUAGCGGACUCGAAAGCAACUCGAUCAAAGACUCGCCGAUUCAGUUGGACGUACUCUCGGCUGAAAAUUCGAAUUCUGAGUCGGCCGGUGAACACCGAGGAGUGGUGUGUGGAGGCUCAAUCCGCGGUUGGCUUCCAGAUGUCGCUGUGAUACUUUGGAGACGUAUGUUGGGUGCUCUUGGUGAUGUCAAUACCAUCGCCGAUCCCAAGUUGCAUGCGCAAGUUUUCGAAUAUUUGGUCAAACUGAGCGAAACUUUGAUCAAAAUAAAGCAAAAUCAGGGUAUUUCGGCUGAUAAUCAGAAUACGCCGCCAGCUCCAGAGUUGAUACCGCCUUUAACUUUGAUUUUGCCUUGGUGUUUCGGGGCUUUAAUGCUCCCGGAUGAUUAUGAAGCGGGGAAGUUAAACGCGUUGAGGCUCUUGUGUACUAUCACCGUAAACUGUGAUUAUAAACGUAGGAAUUAUUUACCUCAGUUCUAUAGAUUUUUGCAUAUGUCGCUCGCUGGGAAUUCAAAGCCGUUUCUUAAUACAACGUUGAAGUUUCUCGGGCCUAGAUUCUUAUCGUUGCAGUUGCCGGGGUUUUCGUUGCUGUUAUUGGAUCUUAUACACGCGUGUAAUACCGUCUUGAACUCGAAGGAAAAUCUCGAAGGGGCGCCACGAACCGAGGCGAUCUCGAUUAUUGCGAAUUUGUUAAGUUUACCUGACGAUCUAAACAGUAUUUCUGUGCUUCAACCGGAGGAUAAUAUUCACGUGAGGUCAUGUCCAGAUGUGAAAGAACACGUUGUUAGUAUUUUACUUCGGGCUGGGAGACGGGAACCUAAAGGCAAAGCUCGGUGUAUUGCACUUUCGGCAUUGGGAAUGUUUGUGUACAAGGAGUUGACCAAUCAGACGUUUCAUCCCAAAGUCACUGACGCCAUCAACGUGCUCUUAUUGGCGCUCAAGUUUAAUAAUAAAAUUAUUGCACAACUGGCAAGCAAUAUAUUGUUUUUGUUGUGCGAUCAUGCGUCUCUGUUAUGGACACAAUAUCCAAGACUUGGGAAUGCCGUAGUUCGGACAUUGUGUGCGGCCUUGUUUCGACACGCACCUUUGGGUUCUACGGCGGGUGAGAGUGAUAAAGCUUUGGGGACGGCGCUGUUGCUGUGUUUGGGCGAGUGGUGUAUGCGGUUAGGACCUAGGAGGCUCUUAGAAGUGUCGGAGUAUGGAGAAGAGAGGGGAACGUGUCUCUUGCUACAAGUUUUUACGGUUUUGUAUAAAAUUGCCGUCGGGAAAACAUCGUCUGAACACUCGGGUGGUUUGUCUCAACCUAGCCUGAACGAAGAUUUUGACCCUAAUAUCCUCUCUGACGACCUCGUAGACAAGUCAUCGCCCUCAUUAUCACCCUCCAAAAAUCACCAAUGUCAAAAAGCCAUUACUUUAUGUGCUAAAACAGUUCUAUCACAUCUUGUAACCCACUUGGGACACUUUCCAAUGGCAAUCGGAGCUGCGAGACUUAGUUCUUUGGUUGUGGAACACGAUGAUGUUCCUAAUUUAAGUUCAGAUGAAUUAUCGGCUAAUAUAUUUUCAGCACCUAAUAUUCAACUUUUUAUGCUUACUGAAAACGUUAUCGCAAGCUUAAUCGAGUUGCCUGUGCUCGAUUUACCUGGGGGUGGUGUUACAGCUGGCUUGUCAACAGCUGACAAACAAGUGAGAGUGUUAUUGAGGGAUUUGUCGGGCAAGGCAAGCUGGGAUGCGUCAAUUUUGUAUCGCACUCCCGAUAAUGACAGUGAGGAGUUCCAAAUUGGUCAAGUCGAAAUUGAAACUAAUGCGAAUCAGGGUAAAUGGGGGCAUGCAAGUAUACAACCCGAAAGUUUUAUGGGAAGUCCUAGUAAUUUGCCACAGAGAGCUAUGAGACAUCGAUCGCCGAAUGUUUUACCGGAUAUCUCAAAUUCUGCACCGGAUCUCGACCAAUUAGACGAUUUGUUGCAAUAUUUGGGCCAUACUAGUCCUGAAUGUUUGGAAAAUUUUGAUCGCAAGUUGAAUGAACCAGCGCUGCCACCUUUGUCGAUUGAAAUCGAACAAGAAGCUAUAGCGUCUGUUAUUAACCAGAGGAAUUUAGAAGUGGAGGAAAAUAGAGUUAUGCAAUUUGCGAACUCUAUGCUAGGACAACCUAUUUCGAGGCCUAGUAGCCGGAAUGAGGGGGCUUCGAGUCCGGGUUAUGACAACAGCAUUCAGCAGGUUUCAUCUGGUGUUGUUGAACAGAACGCAUUCCAACAAUGCAGAUUACUAUUUUCUCAGUUAGGGCUUGCGGGUUGGGAGCGUCGCCAACAGUUGCAUCUCCUCAACAAGACUGAACGUUUAUUGCGUGAACUGCGGAAUUUGGACAGUCAGAGAUGUAGAGAGACGCACAAAGUGGCCGUGAUUUACGUUGCGCCUGGUCAAGAAGACAAAAACUCGAUUUUAUCAAAUCAAGGAGGCAGCGCUGCUUAUGAACAAUUUCUUGCGGCUUUAGCUUGGGAGGUUGAGUUGGAGGGUCAUACAGGUUUCUUGGGAGGUCUCCAAAGACAAGGGUCGACGGGAUUGACAGCGCCAUAUGUGGCGACGAGUUUUUCGGAAACUAUUUUUCAUGUGGCAACGAGGAUGCCAGGGGAUACACCUGAGACUGUUCUCAAUAAAACCAGACAUUUGGGAAACGAUGAAGUUCAUAUUGUGUGGUCAGAGCAUUGUCGGGAUUAUAGGCGUGAUAUCAUUCCCACUGAGUUCUGUGAUAUUUUGAUAACAAUCUACCCAUUAGGAAGUAAUCUAAAUAGGGUGACUGUCAACUGUAAACCCGACGUUCCUCAUUUUGGUAUUCUGUUUCAUGAAGCUAUUGUUGAAAGUAAUGUUUUGGCCGGUUUGGUUAGGGCAACUGCAAUUUGUGCUAGUCGUGCCAAAAGAACUACUUUACCUUUCUACCAACAAUACUAUGAAGAACGGGCAAUGUCACUUGAAACUGUUGUGACAAAACACAAACACAGCACAACGUAUGAAGAUUUUAUUUCGCGAGUGUACAGCCCCAUUGCGACUCCCAGCCCCUUCUGUGUUAGUGGCUCAACCUCAAGUGGGGCCGGCGAUGGGCCGGCUUGUACGGGAAAUCCAUCCAUGUUGGCAGCAGCUCUCUUAGACUCCCACGGACAUUCUCACAAACCUAAUCAAAGAAGCGAUUCCAAAUUUAGAAUUUCAGCAUCUGAUGCCGCGCGCGGUGUUUGGUUCAAUAACAACCAUGACGUGUCUCAAAAUGUGGAAUCAACAAGUAUAUCACCGCGUCCGUUGAAAAAAAUUUCCUCAAGUUUGAAAAGCGUUCCAAGGAGGUCGCUGAGGCAAGAAGUUCAAGAAUCUCCACCCGAAAGUCCCCAACAGACUACGAGAAAAAAAUAGAUCUACCUGUAAAAAGUGCUUGAUGUCGUAUAUUAGGCUAAGUACUAACUGGUUUUUGUGCACAGUACUUAAAUUAGUUGUGUAAUAAUAGUGAGUGUUUCUCAUUUGGAAUUAAGAAAAACACCAAAAUUUAAUCUCAAAUAUAUUUUUAUAACUACUGAAUAAAAGGGUGAAAGCGAACAAAUCGAAGAAAAAGGCCUGAAAAUGAUUUAGGUUAUAAUAAUAUUCAGUAGUUGUAGAUUUUAACUUAUUUUUAUGAAUCUGUAAAUUAGUUUUGUUUUAUUAAUGUGAAAUAACGGUAUUAAUUAAUUAAUUAGAUGUGUACACGACAUGUAUUUAUUAACGUUAUUUAUUUCCUUUUUAUCUAUUGAAUAUAAUCUCUGCAUUUAUCAAACUGUGAAUAUUUUCUUGUUGUGUUUGUUAUUGUUGGGUUUUCAGUAUUGCAAUCAUUUUUAGAUUUCAGAAAUUCCAUUUUUUAGUAUUUUGUUUAUUUUUCUUUAUUGUAAACAGUAUUUUUUACUGUGAAAUUUUCAAAUUUUGAUUUUGUGAAGGACAAAAAAUGAUUGUAACAUGUGUUUGAAUUUACUUCAGUAUUAAUUUUUAUUUUACUUCUUUCCACUUUUUGCAACCAUGGAAUGGUUUUGUAAACAUGUAGAUAAUAUUUUUAAAAAUUGUACUUAUACCUGAAAAGCUUUAUUA